CCUGCAUGUACAGAUGAAGAGGAGCUUCGUAACCAAGCUACUGGCUGGGUUUUUUUUUUGGAUUGGAACUGGCAACAGAAGAAAAAGGGCGACUUGCUCAUUUGCUGGGACAGAAAGACUUGGGAAGGAGCAUCAGUGCGCAUGCGUCUCUCCACAACCAGAGAUAAUAUGAGGCAGCAGGACGGAGAUGAUUUCGGCGCUGUUUUACCUGGAAUUUGUCUGCAGUCUCUUUGAGGAGCUUCGUAUCGGGGCUGUGGAGUGUGAGGCAGAUCCUGUCGAUGGAGAAUUCCACUAGUCCUUUUUCCAACAUGGUACCUUCUGCAAUGGAUCUCUGGUAUCCAUGAGUAAGGAGAACAAUGGGUUCAGAUGUUUGGAUGAAAACCUGAAGGUUACAUUUUGGAAUUGGUUUCUUUCAUUUCAUUUUCCACCAGAACAUGUAUGUUUUUAUUUGAUGGAGAGAAGGUCAAAUGAAUGUUUGAAGGCCUAUCCCACUGUGCAUUGGUGAUCUUUCUGGUCUGCUUCAAGGCCUUCAAAAUGAGAGAGACCAAGUAGAAGAGAGAUCCAACUGAUGCACUCUGUCCUGCUGGGUACUUGCAGCAUUUUCUGAUUUUAUUGCCGAUUUCCAGCAUCUGCAGUUUUUUAUUUUCACUUGUGCUGUAGAAUUGUAGGAAUAAUGUGAAGAUGAGUUUUCUGGGAUCUGUCCGCAAUUUGUUGCUGGCUGUUUGUCUGAUGUUGGUCCUUGGAUUUCUCUACUAUUCUGCUGGGAAGUUACACAUGCAUGGAUGGGGCCAGGAACCACAAUAUGACCGACUGGGAUUUCUGCUGAAGCUUGAUUCCAGAAUGGAACUGGAGAAAUCAGUAGUGGACAACAGAGGAGAUGGCUGUGCCUUUGCUGAUACCCAGAAAGACAGACUUUUUUCUCCCUGCCUCCCCACAUUGAACUACACUCGCUCAGCAGAAUUAAGCUAUAAAAAUGGAAAUAUCACAGAAGGUGGCUGUAGGAAAGGAUUUGCCUCUGCACAGAUGACAGCAAUCUUUCCAAAAUUCUCAAAACCAGCACCAAUGUUUCUUGAUAACACCUUUAAGCGAUGGUCAAAACUGAAAGAUUUUGUUCCACCGUUUGGAAUCAAAGGGCAAGAAGCAGUUAUACAGAAAAUUCUGGGGUUAACAAAACAGUACACCUUGACUUCAUAUCUGGAUAGUUUAAGCUGCAAGCGCUGCAUCAUCAUGGGCAAUGGAGGAAUAGUGGCCAACAAGUCUCUUGGGCCAAGAAUUGAUGAAUAUGAUGUUGUCAUAAGACUUAAUGAAGCCCCAGUGAAAGGAUUUGAAAAAGACAUUGGCACAAAGACAACCCUCCGAAUAACAUAUCCAGAAGGUGCCAUUCAGAAACCAGCACGGUAUGAGAAGGACUCAUUAUUCGUGUUUGCUGGAUUCAAGCCUCAAGAUUUCAAAUGGUUGAAAUACAUUGUUUACAAAGAAAAAGUGAGUCCUUCAGAUGGCUUCUGGAAGUCCGUUGCCACAGUUGUCCCAAAGGAGCCCAAAGAGAUACGGAUUCUGAAUCCUUAUUUCAUCCGUGAAGCAGCUUUCACAUUUAUUGGCCUUCCAGUCAACAAUGGAAUGAUGGGUCGUGGGAAUAUACCAACACUAGGCACAGUCGCAAUAACAAUGGCAUUGCACAACUGUGAUGAAGUGGCGGUAGCUGGGUUUGGCUAUGAUAUGAAUGCUCCAAAUGCACCUCUACAUUACUAUGAGAAUGUUAAGAUGUCAGCCAUUAAAGAGUCUUGGACUCAUAACAUUGGAAAGGAGAAGGAAUUCCUCAGGAAAUUGGUGAAAGGACAAGUGAUUACAGAUUUGACAGCUGGGAUUUGAGGCAACGUUAUUUCCAUCCCAAAAUAAAUUUGGGGGAAAAAAAAAGCAAGCAUGAAGAAGAAUGUCCUGUGGACUUUGGAAAAACUCAGCUGAAUACAAGGAUAAAGCUAUACCAAACUACAGGGGAAUCUGCACAUCUCUAAAUAAAACCUGUCAUCUUGCAUUAACACUAUAUUUGAGGAGGGGGGGGUGGGGGUGCUGGAAUUUUGUGCAGAUGCAAUUCACUGCUCCACCUAAGUGUGCAAUGAGAAAAGAAAGAUACUGAUAAACGUGCCAUAAUUACCUCUGGAGAAAGAAAUGCAACAGGAUUGUUGAGGUAUUUCUCUUUUUAUAGCUUGAAUGUAAAGAUUUUCAGAAGUUGCGUGGACAAACACUUUUACAUUGUGUUACAUUUUAAUUUAAUAUUUCCUCUCCCUACCCCAAAAUCCAUGAGACUGAUGGUUCCGUCCCAGACUGUCCAUUAAUUGCUGCUAUUCCUUUUGGAGGAUUUUUUUUAAAACAAGAACUUUUUAGUCAGGACAGAACAGAUGCUGUGAAAGCACUUAAGUAUGAUCAACCUUUUGAUUUCAAGAGCAGAAGAUCGUGUAUUACUGGUAAAAUUUUUGCUGUGUCAGUGCUUUUGAGUGCUGCUAUCACUAGUGUGUGCAAUGAUCAGAAGAAAGUAGUCCUUCGAAUGGCUUUAGUAACUGGACUCAUAAACUUGAAACAUAAUCAAACCUUCAAGUGCACAGUCUGCUUGGAAAGCAAUUUUUUGGUGUAACAAACAAGCAGAUAAUUGUAAAAACAAAGGACAAGUCAUAGAGACAACUGUUCCACGUGCUUGCCUUGUGCCACAGUAUUAUUGAUUUGAAUUACAAUGUUGCUGGUUCUUGUCAUGCCAUGAUAGACAACCACCUUUCAGAAGUUUGAAAGAAUAGAUCUUGCAAAGCUGGACCUACGUUUAUUAUAGGACCAGCAACCAAACUAAAGAAGAUGGCGUUAUCCUACUACCAUUCAACAAACAUUAACCAGUACCGCCUUCAGCUCGCAUUUUUAGCUGAAAAUUGUGUUUUUUUUAAUUUUGCUCAAAGACUUAUUAUACUUUUAGAAUACUUUUUCUUAGUGUUAAUUGAAUGAAUCUCAGUAACAUGGAGUGGAGGGCUCUGGGUAAAUGCUGAACAGAAAUCAUUGUUUGUUCUAGUACUAAUAUGACAAAUGUUUUAGAAAUAUUCUGUUAAACACAUUAGAGGUUCAUAUUUCCAGCUUGUUGAUUUGCCUUGCCAGGUUUGACAUGUAAUUGAUACUCCCUCACAAGGGAUUUGAAUGGAAAUUAACUUGGAUAGCCAGUUUUCAAUAACUAGUUUGAAAAAGCACUCAUUCUCUAGCCAUUUGUAAGGCAUACCUAUUGCUUAAAUUUCCUACACUCCAUUGCCCAAAUUAAUUUUGUUUUUGCAUACAGAUGUACUGUCUAGGCAGGUGUCAGACUUGCUUCUUCCUUCCACCUUUCUAUAUAUAUUCAGAAAAGUGGUGUGGUGAUUACAAGACAGACUGCACUGUAGGAUGGUACUAAUGACAAAGCAUUAAAUCUUCUGUGUCAGACUUGAGAGUUGUCAUUCAUGUGAUUGAGACAUGGGACAAAUUAAUUGCUAGGUUAUCACUGUGUCAGAAACUAUUCUUAAAUAUUAAUUAGUUAAUCUGCACCAGAUUUCACUCCUGCUCAACUAUAUUUAUUUUCCCUUAUAUUUCUUUCCCCUUAUUUGGUCAAAUUGAAAAUAAAAUAACCUUUUGAAAUGAAGACUAAAUCCACUUGUAUAAACCUGCCCUUAGUUAUUCCACGUGCUAUCUAUCUUACCUUUCAUUACUACUCACUGCCACCAAGGGUUUUUCCAAAGGAAGGUGCUUGGCAAACUUUGUGCUAAUUUUCUCAAAAUUCACUCUUCCAUCAUUGCAGACAUACAUGCCUAUCUGGUUGAAUCCAUUAUGACUUUGUUACGGAAUUGUCAGUUGAUUCAUGUGAAGCAUUUAGAAUGGCUAUGUUAUUGUAUCCAUUCUAUGUGAGUAAAUUGCUCUGUCACAACUAUGGAAAAUUUAACCUUCUUCAGGUAACAUGAUUUUUUUUUUAAAAUGAUUAAGCUAUAAAAUCAUGCAAAGCCAGAAGUAGAAGCAAAUACUUCUACAGAAAACUUCCAAUUCAAAACAAAACUAGCAGCGUAGUGUAGCCACCAAUUUAUGGAGUAUGUAUUAUUCUAAAUAAUAUUUUAUUAACAUUUUCUCCAUUUUGUUUGUCACACAGAUAUGGAUCAUAUUUCCAGGUUUUUAUUUCUGUAUAUUGUUUACUGCAAUUAAAUCCUUUAUUGAGUGAACUGACCUUUCUCAUUGGAGUCAUGCCAUCCAAAUAUCUGCUUAGCAAAUUUCACAUUAAUUUGAAGAGGCCCUGAAGUUUAAAAAUGUAUAAAAAUAGAGUUAGAACUUUGUUUAUUUGAUCAGUUUGCUCCUCAGACUGAUAAUAUAAACUGUAAACAGACCAAACGUAGAGGUAUCUCGAGAAGGAAUGUGGCACUAUGUUAUUGAUCAUUUGGACAAGAUAUAAACUAAUCUAAACAGAACAUGGCCAGCUGGAAAACGAAGCUCAAGUUUAUCUGAUUUUAUAUUUCAAAACUGUUGUACCCUUGUUUUCUGUAUUUUGAGACUUGUAUAGCUUCAAAAUAUUUUUAAUAUUUAUUUCUAGAUUUUUUUCCCCCCAAACAUCUCUUUGCAUUCAAAACUUUUGUCAAUCUGGGCUUGUAACUGCUACAAAAUUGUUCAACCACAAGAAUUCAAACUAUUGAGUACCGCUGCAUUAGGGUGAAAAUCUGCCCUGUGAAUACUUGUAAUUGAUCUCAUAAUUUAAGUAUUUUAACAUUAACACUAAAUCAGUUUCAGAGUAAGAAAUCAAUGCUUCAGGAGGAAAGCAAUGCAUCGUCAGUCUGUCACUGCUCCCAAGGCACCGACAUUUUCACUAAUGAUUUGUUGCAAGCAUAUCUUACAGAAAAAAAAUACUAUUAACAUAUCUGUUCUAAUGCUGAUAAAUUCUAGGUGCCUGGUUACACAGUGACUUCACAGUUCCUCUGUCAUUCACUCUCAAAUACUCUGUAAUAAUCAUUACACUAAUUCUUAGCAGAGGGAAUUCUCAUCAUAAAUUACUUUGCCUAACAACUGGUACUGGGACCAGCAAUAUCUUGACCUAUCAUUCCACUCCCUUGCCACUGAAUGGUCUUACUGAUCAGUCAUCCAUUGUAGUUCCACAGCAAAAUGGCAGAAAAUAAAAAUAUACUGCAUUGAACAAAAAUUUAUAACAGGAUAACAUCUGGUGGAAAGUUCUCCAGCUGGCUCGCCAAUAUAAAGAAUGUUUAAAAUUACAAUUUCAAAAUGGCUUUUUUAACCAAGGCAAGAAAACUUUAUCUUCUGAUGACAUCAACCAUGUUGGUAAUGUGGCAUUGAUAAUUUAAACUGCUUCUUUCUAAGCAUCUCCAAGUGGGUGGAAAUUUAAUUUGUUUUCGCUGUAUGUGUAAGUGAGAAAUGGGUUCCUGGCUUGGUAGUGUUUCAGGAUUGCAUUUUAAAUUAUAUUUAACCAGUGUACCCAUUUUAUUUAAAUAUUAAAAUGGUCUACAGACGCUGCAAGGAAGUCUUUUUUCCUAUGUAAAUAGGCUCCAUUUUAUUUCCAGAGUCAAAAUAAUGGUCCUUGCUGGACCGUAAUCAACCUUCUUUCAGCUCUCUACCAAUUUACUUUGAUCCAGAUAUCAGGAGAUGGUGUCCAUGGGGAAGUAUUGGACCUGUUCAGGAAGAUAAAAACAGUAAAUGCUGGAAAUACUCAGCAGGUCAGAGCACAUAUAUGGGAAGAGAAACAGAAAUACAGCAAACAAGCUAAGCCACUAUCAUUGAUGAAUGACUGAUUAUAGAUAGAAAACAAGUCACCUAAAGUCAUAGAAUUCAAUAUUAAGUGCAGAAGGUUGCAACGUGCCCAGAUGAAAUGCUGCUCCUCAAGCUUACAUUCACUCAUUGACCAGAUAACCUUGUUUGCACUUAUCCCCAUGGUCACCCUGGUUUUACCCUAUCAGAGACACCCCCCUCCCAGAGCAUCCCUACAGCUUAACCAUGUAGGUGAAUGUUAAUGGUAUGGCUUAUAUUUAAAAAAAUGUUCUAGUAGCUUGGAACUAUUUCUUGGGGAUUCAAGAGAUAAUGGAGUUGCAGCAUCUAAUUCUGAUGCUUUGAGUUUCACCUAAAAUAAAUUUUUAUAUAGUUCAGAAUCUAGUUUGGAACAGGAUUUUUUCUGUUACUUCAGAAAGGUGAAAAAGAAAGCCUGCCUUGACUGGACACUUUAUAUGUUGACAAAUGAUCUAAAUUAUUGCAGUAGCAACAUCUGAUAACGGCAUUUUCACUGGGUGAUCAGAAAGCCUGCUGAUUCCACAGUUUGCAAAGUACAUAGGAAAAGCUUCAAAGGACUUAAAACUUCUUUAAAACUUGUUUUCUCUCUGGAUUUGGACUUGGACCUUUUAGUGCUACUCAGUUUCAUUGCUCAGACAUCUAUAUUGUCCGUGUCAUUUACUUCACGUGUCAUUGUUCUGUCAUUGUUGAUAUCUCAUACAUUAGUGACAAAUUCCUCAUGGUUGGGACAGUAGAAGGGAAUGCUUAGAUCUUCAUCAAUAAAUGGGUCAGUUUUCACUGAAAGAUGCAGUUCAACUGAAGUCAUUUAUUUACAAGGAAUGUUAUCAUUGCACUAAUCAAUUACCAAUCUCUACAUCUAUAUGAGGAAUUUUGAUUAUUACAGAUAAGAUUUAACUUCCCCUUAGAACAAUACAGGGUUUCAACCAGACCCACUUAUAUCAGUAUCACAAACAGGUACAUUCUUAUGUUUAUACAGAAAAAUAACAGCUCUUUAAAGAACUGAAAUCCUUUCAGAUCUGUAUCUGAUAGUCUCCCUGUUCUGAAUACUAAAAGCUUAGUCCAGCUUUUGUGACUAGCAGUAGGUCACAAGUUCAAAUCCCAGCCAUCAGCAAUAUUCAAACUUGCUCAUCAAACUAGUUCUAUAAGCUCUUGAUGCAGUAGAGUGGGAGAAAUAAAGCUGUGGUUGACUUUGAAGUAAGUUUGCCAGCCCCUCAGGGUUAUUCUGGACUUUUAAGGAAUUUAUCUUCUGGACUCUGAGGAGUCAAAGAGAAAAAAAAUCAUUCCAGAUAUUUUCUUUGAACACUUUACCAGUUAUUGAAAAUAAAAAGGUUAACAAUAAAGGUUGUGAGAGUGAGUUGGGGAUGGCAGAAGGGGGCAAGGCUGCAGGUGGUAAAUUUUCUGGUGAAAUCUUAAAGAAUUAUCUCUAACCAGAGAUGACAUUCUUCUAAAGUGCCGUCUGAAAUGCAUGCUGAAGGCAUAUUAGUAUCAUGAAGACAAGAGGCUUCUCUCUGCAGGUCUCACAUUGACUAGUUAGCAACAGGUUCUCACAUCAGCAAAGUUAAAUUUACUUUGAAUGUGAGUGAUUUUUUAUCAUUUCUUAUCCUCCUACCCUUUAGCAGUGUAAUAUUACUGCAUCUCUAGCUUGAAUAUUUCCAAGCUGAUACUGUACAAUUUGAUGCUUGAUUUAUAUGAAGCUUUUGCUCUCCAGACUCCAGUUCAGAAUAAGAUAAAAAUGCAGUUCCAUUAUAAGGACACACAAGAGACUGCAGAUGCUGGAAUACAGAGCAAAAAACAAACUACUGGACCAACUCAGUAAGUCGAGCAGCAUCUGUGGAGGUAAAGGAUAGUCAACACUUCAGGUCAAGACCCUACAUCAGGGCUGAGAGUGUAGAGGGAAGAUAGCCAGUAUAAAAAGGUGAGAGGGCAGUGUCUGGUGAUGUUAGUUAGAACCAGGCAAGGUGGGAAUAAUAGGCAAAUGGAACCCACCGGCCUCUCCCCACCUGGCUCCAUCUGCCCAUCAUCCCUCCCUUAUCUAGUUCCACUUAACACCCCCAGCCUCUAUCUCUACCUUCCCCCUCCCCUCUCUCCCCACCUGGCCCCAUCUGAUGCAGGGCCUUGACCUGAAACAUCGGCCAUCCUUUUGCUUCCACGGACCCACUGAGUUUCUCCAACGUUUUUUUUGCUCCGGUUUCAUCGCAGUCUUUGGAGAAAUAAGUCUUUUCCUGGAUCUAACCCCAUGCCUUCCAGUGCUACGAAAGAGAAUGGGUCAGUGGUCCCUGGUAAAGGAAAAGAAAAGCAUAAUAACCUGCAAUAACAUUGUUAAAUGGUCAACAUAAGAGCUGCCUGCUCACCAGCAUGAACUAACUGAGGACUGUAAUGGUUUUCAGGUGUUUAAUUGAUACAGAUUUGACCAUGUUUAAAAGUUACUGGAAAGCUGUGAAUUAGUGUCUAAACUGGUGUAAUAUAACAAAAGCAUCAUAUUUGUUAGCUUUUUUUAAAUGAGCAGAAAUUAGGUUUCAGGACAAACAUGACAGUAUUAAUCUACAGGAUUACUCAUGUAUUCAGCAAAAUAAUUCAUAAAUUUACAAUGUUCAUUUUUGAAUCAUCUUGCUUUUAUUGACUUUUCUUUAGGUUGGUGAGAACAAGUAGAAAUUGUCAUGUUUUUAUAGAAAUAGCCAACCUGUAUUUGCUUUUGUACAUUUUUUUCCAGUCAUUAUCUAAAACAAAUAAUGUUUUAACAACAUUUAGAUGUCUCCAACCAGCUUGGAGUUCUAAGAAUCUAAUUAGGAAAAGUGCUUGAAACAGCAUCAAGAACUAUCCUUUGUUGUACCUCUUAAUGAUGUGACAGUCCUAAGAUGCUGCUCAGAGUUAUCAAACAAAGGAAAAAUUAAAUUUAGGGAUAAUUAAGAGGUCAGAACUGGAAGAGAUUGGAAAUCUCAGCAGGUGGGAGGAGUUAGAGAUUGAGGGAUGAGGAUGUCUAUGCAGGAUCUUGAACAAGAAUGAGAAUUUUAAAAUUAAGAUUCUGCCCGAGCAGAAUCCAAUGAAGGUCAGCAAGUGGCGUUAGGUGAAUGGGUUAAACGUGGCAAAGUUUUGGAUGAGUAUUAGUUUAUGGCAGGUGUAAGAUGGAAUCACAACCAAAGCAUUACGGCAAUUAGGAAUAGAAAAAGCAAAAGCAAGUGUGAAACUUGCUUUCAGUAGCUGAGCUGUAGUAGAGCUUUGGAUAAGAGAGAUGGAAGAGCUGAAGUUGGUAAUGGAGCGAAAAACUUGCUUUCAGUAACUGAGCUGUAGUAGAGCUUUGGAUAAGAGAGAUGGAAGAGCUGAAGUUGGUAAUGGAGUGAUCAUAAGCUUCUUUCAAGAUGAAACAGGACUCUGAUUCUCACUACAAUCUGGCAUAGCCUCAAGACAGUGGAGAUGGAAUUGGUGGCUUGGAAAUGGAGUUUGUUGUGGAGGCCAUUAUCUACUUGCCUCUUUCUCUCCUCCAUCACCUAAGCAAGGACUUUCCAAUAUUAUUAUUGAUGGUCGUUUUUAAAUCACAAACAAUAUUCACAGAGCUCCAGGUUAAACUUACAGCCCUUUCUGUGAAGGUGCAAGUCUCUUUAGGUCAGUAAUGCCCAAGUUAAAGUUCCAGUUUGAUCCUACCUCUUUACAAUCAAUGGAUUGUAAUGUGAGUGUAGCUUUCUGUGCUGUUUGGCAAUGAUUUUUAAAGAUAAUAUUUUAAGUAAUAACGAGUGAUGAAAAGCUACCAGUUGUUGCUUGUUGUCUCUCCCCUUCGCCUCUUCAUCUUGCAGAGUUCUACAAAUUAAGCUAUGAAUCUCAGCAGAGAAGUCCAUGUGAAGGAAAGGCUGAUAGGGAAAAUUUUCGAUUUGUUGAUUAAUAUACUGAACAGGUUAUAUAUUGUGACCAGAACUACCAACCUGUUUUUCUGCCCUCUUAUUUGAAGAAUAUUAUGUGGGUUUUAGUGGGAGCAGGCUGGAGAUUGUGGGUGGCAAUAAAUAAAUUGGUUGUUAUAAUUUUAAAAAAGUGUUCCAAAAUGGAUUUCAAAAUUACUACUUAGAACUUACUAUAUUAGAGUCUUAUUGUUGGAAAACAGCUUAACUUUGUAUAAUAUUUUGUAGGUAACUGAGUGGCAAACUUGCACUGCUAUAUUAGAAAUAAUUAGAAAUUUUUGUUUAAAACAUGCAUGUCUUAUAAAAAAUAUUGCAUAGGGGGUGAUAAUCUGAUCAUUAUUUUUUCCUCAAUGAAGCAGUUUUUUAAAAAAAUAUAGUGGCAUCUUCAGUGUGAAAUUAAAUAGUGUUUUAAUAAAUACAAUGCAAACCACUAGGAAAGAGUUAAAAAAAAGAGGUCUCUAACUACAGUAGAAUUGUCCCUCUUAUCAAAGGCAAUUUAGAAGGUUGCCUGUUACUGCAUGGUGCCUGAGUGUAGAACUCUUGAGUAGUGUAUGUUUCAGAGCUGACAUUUCUAGCAAAUUACAACUUGAAACACAAAAUAAAUUGGAAACCUCAAACGUCUUAUUCAGUUUUGGCAGAUGUCCUUCUGAGUUUCUCCAGAAAAACAUUUUCACAUGCUUAUCUCCAAAACAAAAAUGUGUUCUUGAGUAACAAGUAGUCUGUGUAACCAGAAUUUCAGGUGGGGAAAAAUGGCUUGAAAUAGACACUUAUUGUGGAUCAAUGAAAAUUGUCCCUGGUAAUUUAUGUUAAACAAUGAAAUUACAACAGUACAGUCAUCUCAUUUACUAAAUUUGAAUUUAGCCACAAAUAAGCAAAAUUUUGCAUUUCAGAGAUAUGAAAUUUAAUGUUCAAUUGUCCUAUUUGAUUUCAAAAUUAUCUGUUUAUAGGCCCUGCUAUGUAUGUUUCCUUUAUAAACAGCAGUAUUGUACUGACAGAUCAGUCCAGAUUAAAUGUAACUGAUUAUGUA